CCGCCGCCGCCCACCCCCACCACAGACACAGAGAACACACGCAAGGAGGAGGAGGCAAGGGAAGCCGCCGCCGCCGCCGCCGCCGCCGCCGCCGCCGCCGCCCCCGCCCCGUCCCUCCUCGCCGGCCCGCCGCCACAGGUUUCAAGAUGUCAACCUGCACGUUUGCGACCUCCUGCGUGCUCUUGGGCAAUGCUCGGACAACCGAUGUCCCCCAGAAAGCGCUCAAGAGCCGUGUGAGCUUCCUUGGCCGAGGCGCGCUGCAGCUGCCGAGCCUGAGGUCCUCCUCAAAGAAGAAGCUGGAUGUCUCAGCGGCGGCCACGUACAAGGUGAAGCUGGUGACCCCGGAAGGGGAGGAGCACGAGUUUGAGGCGCCGGACGACGCCUACAUCCUGGACUCGGCGGAGACGGCGGGGGUGGAGCUGCCCUACUCGUGCCGGGCGGGGGCAUGCUCGACCUGCGCGGGCAAGAUCGAGGCGGGCGCGGUGGACCAGUCGGACGGGUCGUUCCUGGACGACGCGCAGCAGGAGGAGGGCUACGUGCUGACGUGCGUCGCCUACCCCAAGUCGGACUGCGUCAUCCACACCCACAAGGAGGGCGACCUGUAUUAGGGGUCUCACCUCUGGCUCCCCCGGUUGUGUUGAGUAGAACCUUGAUGCUCUGUAAAACCAAUCUUGAUGGUUGUUUAUCCCCUGCCUGCCUGCCUGUGUGCUUUGGUCGUUAGUCGGAUUGUUGGGUGAACCCACCCAUGGAGAUGGAGAUGGAGAUGGAGGAGAAUGAGAAAUAAGGGACUAAAAUGCAGUUUCAUGGUUUU